CCGAUUACAAAAUGGCGGAGUGAAUAAGGCCGAAAUUGAGAUUGAAAGAGACGGAAAGAAAGAGAUUCUUACAAACUGUAAAGGUUUAUAUCCAAAGAAACGACGUUAGGGUGUAAUAAUUGAUCACCUCAGUCGACAGAAAAAAGUUGCAAUGGCGAAGAGGGUUGCUGACAAGGAACUCACUGACAGGAACUGGGAUCAGGAAGAAGAAAGCGAAGAGGCUGGUGUUUUUUCUACAGCAAGUGAAGAUGUCAUGAAAAGCAGACCUAUCAAAAAAGCAAAGCGAAGAAAUGUAGGAACUGAGGCUGACAGUGGCGGAACCUUUAAGGGGUUUAAAGGCUUCUCUCUGUGUGGAGCAGGCUCUGGGGGAGCUGGAGGAGGCGCUGCAGGCUUCGGAAAUGGUUCUGGAUUUAAACCACUGCUAAGCCUGGCCAAUGGAAGCAGCGGUUUAUCAAGCACACCCUCGUUUACUGGGUUCAACGCUGCCUCCGAAACAAAGACCAUAUCUGGCUCAUUAACAUUUAACGGCCCUGCCUCCAGCCAGCUUCAGAAGAGUGAUGUCAGUACAGAAUCUAAUGGUGUGAGUCAGUCCAGCUCUGCCCCUAGCUCCACUCAGAAUAAAAGCCACAGCAGUCGAGAAUAUAACAGACAGCUAGCUAGCCUGAACUGCUCUCUGCGGGACUGGGUCACGAAGCACGUCAAUGGCAACCCCCUGUGUGACCUCAGUCCUAUAUUCAGUGAUUACAAGAAGCAUUUAGCCAGCAUUGAGCAGAAACACGGAGGCAGCUCUGACAGUGGCUCUGAGAGCGACGCCAGCAGCAGACAGUCUUUCUCUCUUCCGACGCUCAGCUCUUCAAAGCUUCAGCAGGGUGCAGCAACAGCAUUGUUCACAUUCAGCAGCGACCAAAAGGAGAGCACCACUUCAGAGAAGAGGGCAGGCUCUGCUGCUUCAGCAGCUCCCGCCACCAAUGUCACGUUUAGUUUUGGGAAGAAAGUGGACAGCUCUGUCUUGGGAUCCCUGUCUACCAGUAGCACAGCAGCAGCACCUACAUUUUCCUUUUCAAGCCAAGGCACAAGUUCUUUAUUUGGAAGCCAAGGAAAACCUCCAGCCACCUCCACUUUCUCUUUUGGUUUGUCAGCACCUCAAACAACUAUUGGAAAUGGAAAUACACCAAAAGGAGAGGAAAAGGGUAAUGAAGAGGAGACUGAAGAGCCUCCAAAACCUGUUGUCAAUGAAGUGAAGGAGGAUGAUGCGUUUUAUUCUAAAAAAUGUAAGCUGUUCUACAAGAAAGAAAAUGAAUUUAAAGAGAAGGGUGUGGGUACGUUGCAUCUGAAACAAGUAUCUGAACAAAAGACCCAGCUGUUGGUGAGAGCGGACACCAAUUUAGGGAACAUCUUGCUAAACAUUCUGGUGCAGUCUUCAAUGCCCUGCACGAGGAUGGGAAAGAACAACGUCAUGGUAGUGUGUGUCCCCAACCCCCCAGUGGAUGAGAAGAGCCCGACCACACCCGUCCCAAUGUUAAUCCGGGUGAAAACUGCACAGGAUGCCGACGAGCUGCACAAAAUCAUAAUGGAAAAGAAGGCUGCGUAACAUUCAGUGUGUGCAGAAAUGUGGUCACUGGCUGCUUUCAAAGUCUUUUUUUUCUUCUUUUUAAAUCUGUUGGUCCUUUGUGUGGAGCACAAUAAAAAUUAAUAUUGUUGAUCACUGUGUUUUUAUAUUGCUGUUGAGAUGACGUAAGAUGUUUGAAAGAAAUGUAUAAUAUUCAUAUCCAUCUUAAUGAAUGAUAAACAUGAUAAACAUUUUUUUUUUACACUGCAUGCGCAUUUUAGUUUGAAUAAAACUGAUCACCAAAACUGUGAACUAUAAAUCUGCUUUUUUUUUUUCUCCUUCGAUCUGAACCUUUCCUACAUGCACAUUUUGUUUUAUUUUAAUGUUGCCCAACAGGCAGGCUGUCAGAGGAUGUAGGCUGUUAGGAUAAUGAUGCUUAAUUUUACAUCUGUCCAUUCGUGAGAGGGUAAAGAAAUAUGGGAAAUGUUUGAGUGUACAGCAAGUAUUUUUAAUUACUUGCAAACUGUGUGGUAAGGACUUACCUGGAUUAAGUAACAUUCCAGUGAGUUUCUGCUGCUACCAUUUUGAAUUUUCAGUGCAAAUAGAUCGGCAAGUAAGAGUAGUAGCUGGGAAGAUCCUGAGGCUUCUCCUUGGGAAUGAUUCAUUAAUCUUUUUGCAACAGUGUUGUGCCAGGAGAAUAUUCUGAGGUUUGGCUUAACAUUAACAUAGCAUACAGAUUAAUGUGUUUUGUAAUACUUACGGCAACAUAAGUGCAUUUUUGAAAUUGACUGAUUGGUCUAAAAUGACUUUUGCUGGAGUAUGCGAGCUGAACUUUAAAUUCACUUUGGGUACAGUUAGAUUUGAGAUUCAUCUAGAGUUUUGGUCCUAUAGAUAUGUAUGAUCUCAGCCAGUGUUAUCUGGGUUUGACUAUUUUUACAAAACUUGAAUUGUCAACAUUUUCAAAACUCUAAAAUAGAAGACAAUUUUUUGACAUUGUAUGGUUAAGCAGUGACUGCAUUACAUGUAUUUAUUCAAACAGAUUAAAUUCCUCUUACCUGGCAAAAGCGAUUUUGACCUUUUCAGUCUACUUACCAACAUAUUUUAUUUGGAUUUACUGGUCCUGAAGAGUUGCUGUGCUUACAGAAUGACCUGGUCAAAAUGUAACUUAAAUCGUUUUACUUUUCCACAACAUGUCUUAAUGUUACUCUUUGUUGCAGACGUGAGUAAGCAGUGUAUUAAUCAGCUGUACUGUUAAAAUGGAUUUGAUAGAAUCUUAAUAUAGUGUCCUUUGUAUGUCUUUGUAAAAGUGGCUCACUUGUGUAUUAUACGAAGGUGCUGAAACAAGUUAUUGGGGUGAUUGAUAAAUAAAACUAUUAUAUUUA